CGCACAUUGUUUUGUGCUCUUUCCAUGUUUGUCGAGCAUUCUGUCGUAAAGUAAGUUUUUUAAAAUACAACCAAAAUUUCCAUUGUAGACACGUAAUUCCAUUGUGAAGAACUACUUAUGCCGCUUAGUGCAGUGUAAAAGGAGAUCAGAGUAAUGCCUUUAAUAUUCUCAUUUUCCAGAUUUAAUUUCUAUUUCGGAGUUAUAAGCAGAUUGGAUGCUAGUGUCAGUCAAUAUAUACAACGUCGUUGGAUGCAUCGACGAGAAUUGUGGGCAGCAUGUUUCAGGGACCAUGUGCUGACUUUUGGUAACGAUACAAAUAAUCAAGUAGAAAGUUCCCACAGGCAAAUGAAUCGUUACUUGCAAAGAUCAGAUAGUCUGCAUAAAAGCAUGCUAAAGGUUUAUAAAUGGUGUCAACAAAGUUAUUCAAGAAUACAGCAGGAGUCAGUGAUUGCUCAGUCGAGGUGCUUCACGUAUUCCUGUUCACAACGUCUAAUACCAAUCCUACGACUACUGACGCCAUACGCCGCGAGGAAGGUAAUCCGUGAAUACGAAAAGCGACGAUGGGCUUCUGUUGAGGUUGAAGCUUUCGAUUAUGUCUUCUCCCAAGACAAUGGGAAUAGAGUAGAGGUUGAUCUGCGUGCUUGUACAUGCACUUGUAUGACGUUUCAGACUUCGCAGUACCCUUGCCGACACUUGCUGUUGGUCCAUUUCAGAAAGCCAUGUUUUACAGCUAUAUUUGCGUUUUUACGACUCUAUUUUUGAUGUAUGUCAACCUAACCUUAGUUAACUGAAAAUCUUAUAUACUGCAAUCUGUAAUUUUCAUAACCGUAUUCGUGUGUACAAUGCCUUAACUGGAAACAGGACACAAGCACUACCAUCAUUAAACCUGUAAUAUUCUGUUCAUAAUUAUCUUUACGUUUUUUGUUCCACCUUUUGUAGUUAACCAUAUGUUGCAGAAUUGUAAACAAUGGACGCGGUUACGCAACUUGUUCGCAUCUCAAAGGACGUCAGCAGUUGUCCCUCGAAAUCAAUGUGACAUAUUGAAAACCAAUAGGAGUAUUAUGAAUGCGGGCCUGACAAGAAUUAGUGACGCAUUUGGAGAAGUGUUUGCCGCUAAUUAUUCAGCAGAAGUAAUCGCAGGAAUCAGUCGUAUUCUUAAUAUGUAAAUAAACUAA